GUCGGCCCGUCGCCUUCUGGGCUUUCCAGCCGCAUGUUCCGUUGAGGACACAAUUCACGGUGGCCAGUCAAGCUGGGGUCGGCUUGCGUGACCCGAGUGGAUGCAGUCUGCUGCAUCGGGCCGCCCUCGUCGCAUGUCUCAGCCGGCAACGGCGUACCUCGAGACCGUACACUCCCAGCACCGCUAUCGCAGACAACCGAAUGACCGAGCAGGCCUGGGCGGCUCUGGUGAUGCAGCGCCUCGUGGAGCGUGGUGUGCCGGUGGGUGUCAGAGAGUCGGAAGCCGGCUGUACCGCGGUCGACUUGGAGUUGGGCCGGUGGAGCGAGGGGACCAGCUAUGCCCGGCAGUUGGCCGAUUGGAUGCAGGAGCGCGAGUUCGAGGCCCCGCACGUGGCUGGGGUAAGCCGGUUCUGCCUGAAUACAAGAAUAGAACUGAAGAUCCGGUCUCUAGGACGUUCAUGCUCUUUCCAUUCCUUCCUAUUUGUCGUCAUGGUGGACGGAAUCGGGGCAGGGAUCCACUUUUACAUGAAUUCUAUAUGCGUGUUGUACUCACUUCCAUUGUGCAUUGGGAAAAUGGGUGAAAUGAAGAGGCUAUCCCUUCGGUCAAGCGUCGUCUGGAUCUUCUGGAACACUCUGGUUUGCGCCAGAAUUUCUGAGCGAAUCUCCUUUGGUCUUGAUCACUCUUUCUCUCUCACGCACAGACCAGAAGCUCAUUAA